AUGUGGCUACCGUCCGAGUCGCAGACCGUUGAGACGGUCCAUGCGCUGUCAUAUAUUGCUCUGCAUGCCUCCUCAUGCAAGGAGCUUGAUAUCCUGGAGCUGUCGUCGAUUGUGCGCAGCUAUGACCCUCACUGCCUCACCAGGUGCCUCACGGUUCAAGGCAUUGGGUCGCGUGCACGGUGUCAUGACGCUGAGUGUUGGGACCUGACGUUGUUUUCUCCUACUCUCGCAAUUCACAUCUUGUUUUCGGAUAGCUUGCGACAUUCUAUAUCCAACCAUCCACCCCCGCACCUUCAACACCCUAGAACGCUUCUUCAGCAACAGAAACAGCCCGAAUCGCCUCAUCAACCCAACACCACCAUCCCCACUGCAUCAUACACUCCUCACGCAUUACCAAACGGCCUUCUCCACAGUCAACAUUCGUACGGUCAGACUACUCAAGACCAGCCCUAUUACACGACGCACACUUCAUAUACCACCGCCACCACCCCAAGUCAAUACCCUUCAAGUGGUCCCCAGGAAAUGAUGGCGACCACUCAAAUGCAGAGGCCAUAUCCGCCUAUCUACCACACUCCGCAGUCCAACUCGCCUGCGUCGGUAGCCUCGCAGAGUCAUGAGCAGCACAGUCGCAAUCUGUACACCCAGUCGCCCCAAAUGACGCAGCAAAUGUACGGAUAUCAGCCAUACCCCGCAAUGAACCCGGUGCAACCGUCUCCCUACGCUUCGCAGACCUCGCCUUCACAGCAUCCCCUUACGACACAGUCGAUCAUGAUGCCGCAUCAGACCAGCACGGCCCAAUUGCCCCAUCAGCCACAUUCAUCCACCACGAUCCCCAGUCCGAGCACUGCGACAGCACAGCAGCCGACUCCUCCCCAAAGAACCGUCUUGAACCCUCCGCUCCCAGCAACGACCGGAGCCCCUCUGUCCUCUGGUAGUGUGCAUCAUUCGAAUUCGUCCAGCUCGAGUGCCGCACCAGGCCCUAUCCCAGCUACGACGCCGCUGGUGGUCCGACAGGACAGCAAUGGUGUCCAAUGGAUUGCGUUCGAAUAUUCGCGAGACCGCGUGAAGAUGGAGUAUACCAUCCGGUGCGACGUGGAGUCCGUGAACGUGGACAAUCUCAGCCAAGAGUUCAAGACGGAGAAUUGCGUGUACCCUCGAGCGUGCUGCAGCAAGGACCAAUACCGGGGCAACCGGCUGGUCUACGAGACUGAAUGCAAUGCCGUGGGUUGGGCGCUGGCAGAGCUGAACCCCUCGCUGCGCGGAAAGCGUGGUUUGAUCCAGCGCGCUGUCGACAGCUGGAGGAACAGUAACCAAGACCCCCGACUCCGAAGCCGACGCGUACGGCGCAUGGCGAAGAUCAACCGUCGCCAGACCAUGCCCCCGCAGCCCCCGCCGCAUAUGGCUACUGCCGCCCCUGUUGCGCCAGGCGUCGCGAGCGCUACCAUGGCCGCCCCUGGCCCUCGUCCUGGAUUGGGUCCUCUCAGCAUGGGCCCCCCGCAACUGCAUCACCAUCAUGCUCAGCCCGAAGGAAGUGCGAGUAACGAGGAAGUUAGCGUUUCCCCUUUUGGCCACACCGUUACCUUCACCCAUACCCUGAUGUGUUUUCUUUACUUCGACGCUCGACGUUAUACCCUCUUGCUGCUGGAAUGGUUACUUUACGUGCACUUCUGUCCUGCAGACUUCGGGCAUACUACCACUCGCCCUCCUGUCUCCGAAGCUCACCCACCCUCAGCUCACUCACCAACCGACAUUCGCACCGCGCAGGUGUUCCAUGGCUACCCUGCAUAUCCUCCGCCUGCGAACACGGCGGCCGGCGCCCGCGGCCCUUCCAUCCCUCCUCUGAUCCGCGACAGCGGCAUCGCAAGCUUAGGGCGACACCAAACCGUGGCCACCUCCACCAGCAAGCUGGACGAGAUGGACACCGACGAGGUCGACGACGAAGAACGCAAUCCGUCAACCGACGCGCUCUUCGGCACGUUCCCCGAGGGUAAACGCCGCAAGUUCAUCCUCGUCGACGACACCCAGCGCAACUGUCGCGUCCGCGUCAAGGUCAUGCUCGACCAGGUCGACAUGAACGAGAUCCCCGACUCCUACCGCAAGGCCAACUCCGUCUACCCCCGGACGUACUUCCCUGUGCAGAUGAAGAACCCUCCGGGUCCUGUCGUGCCCGGCAAGCGGUACAUCCGCGACGACACCGAGACUGACGAUGGCGACGCGACCAUCGGGCGGAUCCUCGUCCCGGCGCCCCAGAUGGACGGCGACAAUGAGGCCACCGUCCCGCGGCUAUCCCGGGCCCGUCGCCGCAAGGACGUCUUGCUGAACGACUUGGGCUGUCGGAUGAGUUGGAGCCAGAGCCGUGUCUUUUCAGGCCGGAUGCUCUUUUUGCAGCGAUCAUUGGACGCAUACCGGAACAAAAUGCGCAGCACCAUGCUGGCCGCGGGCCAGGAACCAUCGUCCAUCCCUGAGCAUUUUGAAACCCGCGCAGGCAAGCGGAAAUUCCUCGAGCGUCGCCGAGGAGCUGGUGCCCCGGGUCGCGGUGCGCAUGUCUCUGCUUCCCGCCGCAGCGCGGAAGAGGUGGAGGCAUAA